AUAAAAUAAAAUCUUAAAAAAAGAAAAAAAAAAAGAAACAAGGGAGUCACAGUAACACGUCCACUGACAAGCUCUGGUGGGGACCACGAACAGGGAGUGGCUAAUCCCGGAGGCCUCCUUGAGGAGUGACACUUAGGCAGAGGCCUGAAAGAUGAGGACUCAGUGGAGGAAGGCCGUCAAGGCCAAGGCUGGAGGGGAGAAGUGUCUGCCCCCGCCUGCAGCCGGCCGGGCCAGCCCCUCAGCAUGGCCCCACGAAGGUUGGGGAGAGCGUGACAGCUGGGCUAAAGGCACCCUGCAAUUGAGGCCUCUGUCAGCAGGAGUUCAUUGCUUGGGCCGUGAGCAGGGAAGGUUAGAGAGACGCUGGAGGGACAGAUCCACAAAGGCCCUUUGUCCAGGCCAGGGUGACUUUCCGGGGAGUGACCUAGAGGCUAACCCCUCCCUGGACGACUUGGGGCAGGAGUCCCAACAAAGAGCCAGUGGCCCCAACAGCAGGAAGAGCCAACCGAGAGCAGGCUUGGGUGGAGCUCUGGAGGCCCUCCACUUCAGGAAGCAGCCCAGAGGCGGAUCUGCUUUGGGCACAGUGAGGAAGCUGGGAGAGACCCAAGGGCAGGGCGGGGGAGCACCUGGGGAAUUCCAGUCAUCUUCCGGGAGCCUGGGAGCCCUCCCUCCUGGUGAGCUGCAAGCAGUGGGCCCCUUGGUCGCAGCUGGGCAGUUCCAGAAGCCCAGGACCGCGAGCUGUGAGGCGGCGAUGGCAGGCUCCCGGCACCCGGUGUCCGUGCGCGCAGCGGCCCUGGUGCAGACAGGGCGGCUUCAGACGUUCGCCUUCUCCGUGUGCUGGUCGGACGGCAGCGACACCUUUGUGCGAAGGAGCUGGGCUGAGUUCAAGGAGCUCCACAAGACCCUCAAGGAGGCGUUCCCGGUGGAGGCGGGCCUGCUGCGCAGAUCCGACCGCAUUCUCCCCAAGCUCCCCGACACAUCGCUGUUGGUGCGCGGGGGGCGCACAGGCCGCGGCCUGGCGCGCCUGCGGCUGCUGGACACCUACACUCGGGCACUGCUGGCUGCAGCGGAGCAGCUGUCCUGGAGCGCGGUGCUCACAGGCUUCUUUGAGCCGCAACCCGUGGACCUGGAGCCAGUGCUACCACCUGGCAGUCUGGUGAUCCUGCCCACUCCUGAAGAGCCCCACCGCCGCCCGCCACACAGCCCUGCCAUCUGUAGCCUGGAGGCUCAGAGCCUGCGCUGCCUGCAGCCCUUCAGCACCCAGGACACGCAGGGUUGGCCUUUCCAUGCAAGGGCCCAGGAGGUCAUAGACGUGCUGCUGCGACACCCGUCAGGCUGGUGGCUGGUGGCAAAUGAAGAGCAGCAGAUGGCGUGGUUUCCUGCUCCCUACCUAGAGGAAGCAGCCCCGGACCGAGAAGGGACGACCCUACGGAGUAGUGGGUCCCAGUUCUGUGCUUCCCAAGCCUAUGAGAGCAGCCACGCAGAUGAGCUGUCAGUGCCUGCAGGGGCGCGGGUGAGCGUGCUGGAAACUUCGGAUCGAGGCUGGUGGCUCUGCAGGUUUCGCGGCCGCUCUGGCCUCCUGCCCGCUGUGCUGCUGCAACCCGAGGGGCUGGGCGCACUCCUGAGUGGGCCAGGGCUCCACCGCGAGGCCAACAGCAAGGAGGAUAGGGGUGGAGAGGCCCAGCGCACCCCUGAAGCCUGCCAGGCCACAACCCUUUCCCCCUCGGUGCCCGCCCGCCCCCCGCUGAGUGCCAUUCGCAGCCGCUGCUGCUCAGUCACCCGCAGGGCCCUGGCCAGCAAGUACCCCCCGAGGGCAGGCCAGGAGCUCCAGCCCCCAGGGGCGACGGAUGCCAGUGAGGCUGGGGGAGGAGUGUCGGAGGGUGACACCCUCUGGCCAGCAGGGCCAGAAAAGCACACACUCCCGCUUCCUGAGUAAAGCCCCUCUGACUGAGGCA